AUCGAUAAAAGUUCCGUACGUUAAUAAUGAACCGACAUACGUCAGGAAUGAGAAAUAUUAAAUGAAGAUGAAAUUUAGUUCUCCUCAAGACUCUGGCAGUGAAUAAACUUUUCUUUCAUUUCAAUUUCAUUUCACUUGUAUCUACUACUGAAACUUUGCUCUUGACAGCAAUGGAUUUACAAGUCGAGAAAGAGUUAAAAGAAGCAAAAUCACUGCUUAAUAAAGUGUCAUGGGUGAUGGGAUUUUUGGGCGCUUGGCCGGUUCAAAAAUCACUCUUUCAACGAAUUAAAUUUACAAUUUUUGUCAUAUAUAAGUGCCUGUAUUUAUUAAUGGCAUUUAACGGUUUAGUGGCGAAUUUUGAUAACGUCAAACUCUUGACGGUAUUUGUCCAACAAAUCUCAGGCCUUUCGAUGACAUUCAAUCGAAUAUUAUUCAUAAAUUUUUCCACAAAUGUCAAAGACAUAAUUAUAGCCACUCAAAGUGAAAUAAGAAAUAUCGAUAAAAAAGAUCUUAGCGAAAAAAUGAUUUAUAUUAAAAUUCAUCGAACCGCGAAAAUUUAUUUCACCUUAACUAUUAGUUUUGUAUUUUUUACAGCAGUGAGCUGGUAUGUUUUGCCUCUACUAAGGUGUUUUGUUGCUUGGCUGACACAUAAACCAUUAGUUAUAGUAGUACCUUACAAAGUUAAAAUAUUUUUCUUCAACGUUUCAUCAUUCGAACGUUCGUUUUUAUUAUACAUUAGUCAGAUUCCAACGUCACUUAUGCAGCCAACUUACGUCGCCUCAAUUAACAUGCAACUAGUGAUUGUCACAAAUCUUUGCGCUCAAAUAGCAAUUCUUUCGAGUAAAGUUCGAAGUUUAGAUUUGGAAAAGGAUUCGUCAUCUUCUAAUUUAAUUCUGAGAGAUAUUGUAGUCCGACAUGUUGAAUUAUACAAGUUAGCAAGAAAAAUUGAAAAUACUUGGACGCCUAUUUACUGCCUUGAGCUUGCUGUUUUAACUCCUCUUAUUUCAAUAAUUAUCUAUAAUGCGAUGAUCCUUCUAAGUAGUGGUCAAAAAGUAACAGCAAUUCCUUAUUGCACUUACAUGAUUGUUACCCUAGGAAGUCUCUUCGGGCAUUGUCUGAUGGGGGAAUCAUUGAAGAACCAAUGUGAUCUUCUUUCGGAAGCUUAUUAUCACUGUAACUGGACCGAUAUGCCGAUGAUUAACAAAAAAAAGUUGAUAAUUUGCAUGACAUACACCAAUAUCACCCUGCAUAUCACCGCUGGAAAAUUUUUCGUUUACUCAUACAAUGCAUAUACAGGUAUGCUGAAAACUAUAAUGGCAUAUGUGUCUCUAUUACGCACAGUCGCAAUGUAAUAUAUAAUAGCAAUUACAAGCUAUCAUUAUUUUGACAAAUAUCGUGAGAGUAUUUGAAUGUCAUUUUCUUUUUUUACUAGUGAUAAAUCUUAUUCAUACGUGCACUUGCUUCAUUAUCUGUAAUAUUACGAGCAGUGGUAAAGUAUUGACCACAAAUAUAUUGUAUUUUAAAUAACGACUUUGAUCACAACUUUUGAAAUAAAGA